UCGACCUCUGGGCUCCCAGGUUUUUAAAUAAUUUUUGGCUACAUAUAACUUAUAUUUUGCUGCCCGUCUGCUCAGGAUUGAAAUCAUUCGGUAGUCUUAAGGAUUUCCGCAUCUACCAUCUGUAUUAAAAGCAGGGCACGAGAAUGAUCGGUCUGUUCCUAGCGGCGCUGGCGUGGGUCGGGAUCAGCCCGAUACCGCUGCUGGCGGCCGCCAUCGGCACGACCGAGCCAGCGCUCAACCUGCUCGUGUCCAUCCUCCUGGGCUUCCCCCUCGGCAUGGUUUACAACUCGCACGUGCGUCACCAUACGCGCUACAGGAACCUGUUCUUCAUCGUUACGGGGGUUGACAUUGCGCUGUUCAACUUCGGCCUGUCGUUCUACCACAACGUGAUCCCGGCGCUGGUGAUCCACGUGAGCACGCGCGUUUUGGGUGCGGGACCCCUCAACGCUAUCCUGACCUUCGUCUUUAACAUAGUGUACCUGGUGGCGGGGUACGCCGUCACGGAGUCUGAAGAUUACGAUAUCACGUGGACGAUGCCGCACUGCGUCCUCACGCUAAAGCUGAUCGCGCUCUCCUUCGACCUGUGGGACGGCCAGAAGAUGAUAAGGGGGGAGCAGCUCUCGGAGAACAACAGGAAGACGGCCCUGGAGGCGCCUCCCACCCUGGAGGAGCUGCUGGGCUUCAUCUACUUCCCCGCUUGCUUCCUCGUCGGGCCCAUAUUCUCGUUCCGCCGCUACAAGGACUUCAUCUGCGACCAGUUCCCUCUGGACGAGGAGAGCGACAUCCUACAGGAGCAGGCGCUCAAGCGGCUCGCUCAGGGAAUAAUCUACCUGAUCGCGUUCCAAGUUGGAGUGUCCGUGUUCAACGUGCAGUACAUGCGGUCGGACGAGUGGUGGGAGCGGUCGGUGAUAUACCGGCACAUCUACUGCGGGAUGUGGGCUCACUGCGCGCUCUACAAGUACAUAUCUUGCUGGCUGCUGACCGAGGCCGCUUGCAUCCGCUUCGGCCUGUCGUACGCCAGCCCUGGCCGCUGGGGCGCCUGCGCCAACAUCCGUCUGAUGCGCUUCGAGGGCGCCACCAAGUUCCAGCACUACAUCGACAGCUUCAACUGCAACACGAACCACUUCGCCGCCGAAUACGUCUACAAGCGCCUUAAGUUCCUCGGCAGCCGCCAGGCCAGCCAGCUGGCCACCCUCGGCUUCCUCGCGCUCUGGCACGGCGUCCGCUCCGGCUACUACAUGACCUUCUUCAACGAGUUCAUCAUCAUCUUCAUGGAGAAGGAGGUGGAGGGGAUGCUGAGCUCCACCCAGCUGUACCGGCGCGCGUGGGCCGGCCCCGCCCGCUGGCCGCUCUACGCCCUCCUCAAGAUGUACACCAUCGUGUUUAUGGGCUGGAGCCUGGUGCCCUUCGACCUCAAGAUCUUCGGCAAGUGGUGGCCGAUAUACCAGAGCCUGUACUUCUCCGGCUUCCUCAUAUUCCUGCCCUGGGCUUUCGCCUACAAACCCCUGUUGAAGCGAGCCCUCAGAAACCUGCCUAGGGAGGAGAGACCGAAAGUCAAUUAAGCGAUUUAAAACUUAAUAUUUUGUAAGUGUCGAUGUAGGUUUCGACUUUCGACUCGUUGUGAAUAUUUGUUAGGUGUUUCGCUCCGUGUUUAACGCUGUCCUCUGCGACUACGCCAGUUGUGUCUAAUUCUAAGUAGAUAUUGCGCUAACGUUAACGUAAAUAAAUGUGCUUCCACCGGGAGCAUUCACCAUAAUGUAACGUUACAGUCGAGCAUUACAUGACGGGAGGAGAAUAGAGCAUUAUAAUGUGCUUGUAAUGAUACAAUGUGUGUAAUAUUUUGCUAAACUUGUAACGUCAAUGUUCUUUUAUAUAUUAUAAUCUAUGAUAUUAUAAUUUAUGUUACA